AUGCAGCUGGCACGGCUUGUGGCUGCAACCUGCGUGGCGGGAAGCAGCGCGCACGCUCUCCUGCCAAACAGGACCCUUGGUCAGGUAUACCAUCACCAACAGGAUAUCCAUGAGAGCCAAGCUGACCAUGAAGCAGGACCUCCGCGAGCUGGCGCCAGGUCUGGCAUACUUCAGCCGGGCAUCUCACUGAGGCAUGUUGGAGCCCGCGAAGCGCCUGACGACGCGGAGGAAGGCGUCCGCUUCAAGGAAGCAAUCUUGAACUCCGUUGCUGGCUCGAUCUUCCUCUUCCUGGCCUUGUCUGUCCAGUGGUUCAACGAGGAGCGAAGUGCCAAGAUCGAGGUCCUGCUGACGCGAGGGCUCGAGGACUGCAAGAGGUCGCCGAGCUAA